CUCCUGGGAGCCACCGGAUUCCAGCUGGAAGUGCGGGCACCAGCAACGCAGUACUUCGACUCAAGGGUUCUCCCAAGCCGCUUGGCCAGACGCUAGCGCAGGUACGACCCGAUCCCGGCAAUCUCAAGAACGGCCAUUGCUGACCCACUAGGGCCACGACUGGCGGUUUCAAACCAUACCGUUGAUUAUCCCAUCUAGACCUAGAGGCUGGUGCCCACUGUACUUCUCCCCAACCUUGCCGCUAAAGAGUUCCACCCCGGGAAGGGCAUGCGUUCGGAUUUUAACUUGAUUACGGCCUGGCCGCCGAGUCCAUGUUCCUCCUCAGUCCUCUGCAGGAGCGAUAACGAACUCGACUGGACCGGGAUCCCAAAGCCGGGGAUGAUCUUCUAACGUCGACUGCAGUGCCGAGCACAAAUCACCACACGUUUUCACGCCAAGAUCGACGACGAAAAAAAAACCCCCCAGAAUUGACACAAACAAGAAAAAAUGGAGGAUAGGGGUGGUGAGAUAUUUCUGGUGGCGGUUAUUUUUCUUGGGCUGUGCUGGUCCGCAGUCCUACUGCGGGGUUACUGUCGGGCUUGGGUGAUAAGAUCUCUUGGAAUCGAUGACCAGCUUAUGAUCUUGACUCUGGUCAUAUUCACUUGUUACCUUGGAGUACAGAUCCAAGCGGUUCAUUAUGGCGCUGGCCAACACAAAAUUGAUCUUGAUCCGCAAAACUAUUCCAGCGCGAUGGAGCUCAUGUAUGUGUCGCAGAUUCUCUACAUUGCAAGCACAUGUAUACUCAAAAUCUCGGUCGGCUUCUUUCUCCUGCGAAUCUCGGUCAAGCCUUGUCACAUCUGGGCCGUGCGAAUACUCAUGCUAGUCAGUCUGCUGUUUGGAGUCAGCUACCUGAUGGUCGUCGCAAUGCAGUGCCUGCCGGUCUCAGUCUUUUGGGAGAUCUCGCCUCGCGAUCCAUACCAAUGUCUACCUCAAAAUGUGCUCCUAGUCUUGACAUACUGCGGCUCUGUCAUCAACGGCCUGACGGAUUGGGGAUUCGGUAUUCUACCUUUUUUUAUCGUCUGGUCCCUCAGCUUACCGUUGAAGUCUCGCAUCAUGGUUAUCGCGAUCCUCUCAUUCGCCAUGGUUGGAUGCUCGGCAACAAUCGUGCGUGCCAUUCACGUCCCGCGCCUGCUGGACGCAGAUGACUUUUUGUACACCACUGCCGACGUGGCAAUCUGGUCGACCGUCGAGCCCGGCAUCGGCAUCACGGCCGCCUCCAUUGCGACCUUGCGCCCGCUGUGGGAACUCGUCUGCUUUCGCUUGGGACUGCGGUCGGAAGGACCCCGGGCGACGCUCUGGCUGGACAAGCUCCCUGAUGACAAGACCGGGGGACUUGAGGCCGCGCCGGGAGGGAAAAGUGUCGACAACAAGUUGUCGAUUUGUUCGGGCGGCCAGGGCGAGCCUGAUGAUAAGUUGGUCGUCAAAGUUGAUGCGGCGUCUUCUAUCAACUUGGACGCCAAGGAUAGGGCCAGCGAAUCGUCCAACAAGAACUACACGCAUUAUAUAUCGUCUUCAUCGAACGAUGGCAGCGAGGAUUUAGCCGUGGCUAAUACGAGCAAAGAAAGGACCCCCAAGGGCAACGAUUCUGAGGGCAAACGGAAGCGCUUCCUUUUUGCAUCCCCCUCCAUGCUCGGGUUGCAGGUUGUGCCUCAGGGCGUAAUGUUGGACACCGCCAUCCAUCCACAUCGCAGGAGCGUGGCCGCGAAAAGCUAUAGCGCACAAAUGGAUGAUGUGUAUGAGGAUAUGGUUCAUCAGAUGAGCGACGCUUUUGGCAACAUGGCGUCCAGGCCGGGUUCGGUUGCCAUUCCGCGCGAUACUUUGAGUACCGCACAAACUCAAGAGGAUCACGAUGACGACGCCGGGUCCACCUACUCAGACACGCCCAGGCUGGACUGGAAAACACCUAGAAUCUCACGCUUCUCUCUGGGUAGCUACUGGGCCGGACGGAUCAGCUUCUGGGGAGGCGGCCGAAGCAGGCUGAGCAGGAUCGACAGCUACGGAGCACCGCUGCAGAGGCGCGGCACGCAUCGGUCCCAGCGGUCCCAGCGGUCGCAAAAAUCACUGCGAUCGCGGAACAACCUGAACCGCGAAAACAGCCACAGCAGCCGGCACCUGAAGCCCAGGAGAAUGCCGAGCUGGACCAGCAGCAGGCGGUCCGCGGCGAGCAUUACUACGGGUCCUCUCCCGCCGCCGCCGAUCGAGCCGGUGCCGGAGAUGCCUCUCCGAUUCUUGAAAAAGACGGAGAGCAGUAAAGAUGAUGGUGAUGAUGGUGGCGGGGGUGGUAGUGUCAGGGAUAGAGGCAAGAUUUGAACGACGACAAGGCCGAUUUUCACGAUAAUUAAUUACUGGUCAUUAAGCGGCGUUUGGGAAAAUGGAACAAGAAAGGAGUCAAAAUGGGACAACUUGCAUUUUUAUCAUUUCAUUUGUCUCUUUUGAGCGCAUUGUAUAACAUAGUAGCGAUUGUGCG